AUUUUCCCCAAUAAAUCAGAACGUUUUUUGUUUGUCUCGCCAAAUGCGAAUAUAACAAAGAUUGAGUCAUAAUAGUGUAAUCGCGACAGUCAUGUAUCGUAACGGGAAAUCGAUCUGUGCAUCUGGAAUAUCUUUCGUUCCGUUUCCUUUGAUUUUUGUUUAUCUUGCAACGGCGACCGUGCUAUUGGACGUUGAAGGAGCUGAAACAUCACCCUCCGAGCGCGAUAUUCAAGAAGCUCAAAAGAUCGUUGGACAAUUUUUACGCGAUGAGGCAGGUACAGAUUGGCUCUCUGGGCUUGCGAAAACAAGUUCAACUCCAUUAACGACCCCCGAUCUUAUGAACGCUAUUCUUCAAAUAACGAAACGAGGCGAUCCAGUUUGGGAAGCUGCUACGAUACUUUUGAAUGCAUUAAAUUCUCCGAACGCUAUUAUCGGCUCAAGGAUCGACUUGACUUCGGAGCAAAGUGACAAUUGGAAAGAUAUGAUAUCAAAAAUCGAAAUGGAAGACGACAUAAUAUGUUUGUAUCGAAAGAAUGGCAAUGAAACAACCAAGCGUGACGAUGAUUGGAAGAAAUUUUUAAGCACUGUUUCUCCCGGUUACACGGUACACCUGGCGAUCGAUACGGGAUUGAAGUACAUAAUUUGUUUGAAAAAAAUUAAAGUAUCUGAAACAACGAAUGAGGCUUCUUCGAUGAGCCCGAAAACAUUGGUAACUAAUAGAUCGAAGGCGAUGAUCGCGUCGGUCAAGGAAGUAACGAGUGACAGAUCAACCGUUGGACUCCAAUCACCGGUGCCUUCUGUCUCCGGGGAGAUAAAAAAUAUACCUGCCGGAUCAUCUACAGAAAUGCCCCAUAACAAUAAUAUUCGUAGAAACAAGCAGAUUGUGAAAAAAAUGAGGGAAUAUAACGACGAUAAUGUAGCGGCCAACAGUGAGAGAGUAGCUAAAAAUUCAAUUCGCAAAGAUAAAACGGUUGCAAUUCGUCGAACCAAUGAAAUUCUACGUAAACUGAAAAAAAAUGACGCGAGCUCAGGCUCACCAAAGACUUGUCAAGAUGAGUCAGACAAACGAUUCAACGAUCCAACCGUUUUUGUCAUUUUAAAUCGAAAUGAUUUUUUAGCGCGGCAACAUUCACCGCAAAUGAGCUUUCCAAUAUUUCAGAGCUAUCGCUGCCUCUCCAAUCCGUUGGAUCCUCGCCUACCCAAUGAUUUGAAGGGUUCACGGGGAUCCUUUUAUGACUACGCUAAUCGUUGGCCGUUGACCGAUAAGCAUCGAUCAUCCCAUCCGAAUAAUCCGUAUCUUCGAAAAAACGUAUUAUAUAAAAAAAAAUUGCAAAAUAAUCGUAUUGCGAGACGUACGAGUCAACGGUUUAGAGAACUGAAUCGAAAUUUUGGCAAGAGUACCAAAAUCGUUGCCUGCCACGGGAAACCUGUGUUUCAAGAUUCGCCAAAAAGAACAAUGAUGAUUAACUCGGUCGAACCUUACCAUGCGCGUUACGGCAAUUUGCCGGGAUUAAUGGGGAAUCGAUAUUUUUACAAAAAUGUUAAAAUAGGCGAUAAGAACAAUGCGGGACGUCGAUCGCCACCACUGGUUCAGCGAAUCCACAGAUCUUCGGGGCUGAGGCAACCGAUCGUUGAGCGUUCUCAGUCGUGGGUACGCGACGAUUACGACGGCCCGAUCCAGCGUCCCUUGACUAAAUCUCUGAGGCCCGUGGUCCAAAGUUUUCUGACCCGUCCACCAAAGUCGAAUCUUCGUCCCUUUGGAUUUAUCGGAUGGCCGUUGAAAUUUCCGUGUCGCAACGGACAUUGCGAGGAAAUUUAUCGUAAGUCACCGUUUUACGUGGCCCCGAGGCCAUUCCCGAUCGCGAAGCCUCUUUCGAAAAUGUAUCCUUACCACCACCAUUUUCCCAUCGUUUACUCCGAAAACUUAUUUCUAAAUGGUGGAAACCUCGAAUCGAUGCGUAUCCCGGACGAAGCUCGGCAGUAUCAAAGACCGUGCGAUAAAUCGAUCAAGCUGCAAGUUCUCAUUAAUGGCAAAGUGCAAGAGCCCUUGAAGGUCGCUGUGCUAUCGGACAUCGGUCAAAAAUUGGACGUCCUCGGAUCGGAUGGCACAAUAAUGUUCGCCAAGCCACGAACCUCACCAAAUGAGUUUCCAAACCCGACCGAAAUACCCGACGACACGAAUACGUAUUUCGAGACUGAAAUUAAUACACGAAUGGAUUUACAAAGCUCCGAUCCGAAAGAAACGUCGUUGACCGAAAGCGGACUAGUCCAGAGUGACGGUUUUAAAAAGGAAAACAACAAAGAUUCGACCACUGACAUUAACGUCGAAAGUACUACUCUCAAUUUAAAUAUUUCACAUAAAGAUGGUAUGAAUUUUCAAGAAAAUUCAUCUCAACGUGCGGCAGAGCAGACAACCACUGAUGUCGGGACCACUCCAACUACAACGCAGACGACGACAAUAAUGAGCUCUACUACGACCAAUCUAUAACAAAUUAAUAAAUUACCAACAGUUAUUUUUCUAUUAGUACGAAUUCGCAAUACGCACUCAGGGAGGGAAAUUAGACUACUUCAAACCACGGGCAGAAUUGAAUUGUCACCCGAGCCGUAGGCGAGUAAUGAUUUCGAAUAUAAAAAUGAUAUGUAUUUCCAAUUUUAAAUCGAGUGCUCGGAGUUUCUGAAAAAGGUUAAGUGUCGUAGCUCGAUUAAUCGGUUCGACGCAUUGAGGAAGGAGCGUGAUAAACGACGAAUUGACGAAAGUACUACCACAAAAGUUAGUCUGUUUAUUGUC